AGAAAAGCCAUUAGUUUCGUCCCAAUUCUCAACCCGUGAGGAUGUGGAAAGUUACAAUUUUGGUACUAGGCUUCGCUACCGUCGUUUGGUCCGGUCAUAUACCACUGGUGGAUGAACGAAAUGCGGUCACCGUUAGACAAGAAACAUCGUCCGGAUACCGACUACCGAACAGCACCCUGCCUUUGAAAUACAACAUCGAACUAACAACUCACAUUCAUGACCACAACAGUCCGUCACAGUUCGAGUUUGAUGGAAAAGUCAUCAUCUCGUUACGCGUUCAGGAGCAGAACGUGAGGAAUAUCACCCUUCACUAUCGUCGAAUUAUAUUAAGUCACGUUAAACUCAGUGAAUCGGCAGAAAUUGGGGGCUCAGUCAUAAUCAACGACGACUCGAGUUUUGUAACCGAUGAAACUUAUGAGUUUUUGGUCAUCCAAGCUCCUUCCGUAUUGAAGCUCGGUGUAUACACCUUGGAGAUUCAGUACCGCGGUGAACUCCGAAGCGACAAUGGGGGAUUCUACCGCUCAUCCUACCUAGAUAGCAGGGGAAAUACAAGAUGGAUUGCAACUACGCAGUUUGAAUCGACAGAUGCUAGACAUGCUUUCCCUUGUUAUGAUGAGCCGAGAUUUCGGGCUCCAAUCGGGUUGAAACUAAUCCAUGGAAACACAUACCACGCCAUUUCGAACAUGGACAUCCAAUCUCAAGGGAACCGAGACGUCAAUUAUACGAUCACCGAGUUUAAGGAUACGCUAUCCAUGCAAACUUAUCUGCUAGCAUUCGUGGUUUCCGACUUUGACUACAUUAGUGAUUCUGUUAACAAUCAAUCGGUGUACGCUAUCCCGGCCGCCAUCGCUAACGGCGAUCUUAAUUUCGCACUGGAAGCGGGCGUUAAAAUAAUCAAAGCCCUGGAAGAUUACCUUCAGGUGAAGUACAGUUUUCCGAAGCUCGACCAAAUUGGUAUCCCUGAUUUUGCAGCCGGUGCCAUGGAAAAUUGGGGCCUCGUAACCUAUCGGGAGGAAGCUCUCCUCUACAAUGCAACCAAAUCACCUAUGAGUCAAUUGAAACGAACUGCCGCAAUCAUCGCUCACGAAUACGGCCAUCAGUUUUUCGGAAAUCUCGUUUCACCCGCCUGGUGGAGUUAUCUGUGGUUGAACGAAGGAUUUGCCACUCUGUUUGAAUACCUGGCAUCGGAUAAGGCCUACCCAGAGCUACGAGUACAGGAAAUGUUCAACAUCGAAGCCCUUCAAGUUGCCUUCCAAUCAGAUGCACUGGAAACGACACGCGCGAUGAACCACUAUGUCGAAACACCCGCUGCUAUCGCUGGACUGUUUGAUGAUAUCGCCUAUCAAAAAGCUGGAUCUGUUUUGCGGCAAUUGCAACACGCAUUCGGUGAUUCUGUUUUCCGGGCGGGACUGAAGCUCUAUCUCGACAAUAAACAGUUACAGUCAGCGACACCUGCCGAUUUGGCUACCGGAUUGCAGAGAUCCGUCGAGGAAGCCCAAGCCAUUCCGUCCGGAGUAAAAGUCAUUGACAUCAUCAGUUCAUGGGCGGAUCAGAAAGGUUACCCUUUGCUCCAUGUUAGCCGUGACGAGAAGAGUGUUAUCAAAAUUCGUCAAGAGCGCUACCUUUUAAAAGCUUCGAAAGGGAACACCAAUGCCACUUGGUACAUUCCAUAUAAUUUGGCCACCUAUCAAACAGCUGAUUUCACUUCAACCCUUCCGCUGGAUUGGCUCACAACAGAAAGCGCUGAAAUACGUCCGACACCUUCUCUUAACUGGGACAACAACGAUUGGGUGAUAUUCAACAAAAAACAAACGGGUUACUAUCGAGUAAACUACGACGAUCGAUUGUGGGAUCUAAUUAUCAAGAACCUUCACGACGAAGAGUAUGAAUCAAUUCAUCAUCUGAACCGCGCGCAAUUGAUUGAUGACUCGUUGAACUUGGCACGCUCCGGCCAUCUGAAAUACGACAUUGCCCUGGAAUUGAACCAAUACCUCAGCAAAGAAACGGAAUACAUUCCAUGGGCAUCGGCGAACAACGGUUUAUCCUACCUUAAUCGAAUGCUGACAGGUUCUUCCAAAUACAGUCUGUUCAAGAAGUACAUCUGGAGUUUGGUUGAACCGUCGUUCAAGAAGCUCGGAAUGACGAGCGAUCCCUCCGAAUCUCUCUUCGAAAAGCUAACACGAAACAUUAUCAUAAAUUGGGCAUGUACGGUCGAAUCGGCGGAUUGCUUAGCGCAAACCAGAGCACAACUGGGUGAGGUGGUAUCGAACAAAACGGAAAAUGUCGAACCAAAUUUGAGGAGUGUGGUGUUCUGCAAUGGUCUCCGCAAUGCCGAUCGCGACACGUUUCUUUUUGUUUGGGAUCGCAUGCAACGCUCACAGGAUCCCUCCGAGAGGACGCUACUUAUGAACGCACUCGGCUGUUCGCAGAACGCUGAAUUAUUGAGGCUGUAUCUGGACACCUCGCUGGAUGAAUCAAGCGAUACAAACUACCGGGAUCAGGAGCGAUCGCGUGUGUUUAGUGCUGUCUACAGUAACGGACAGGUUGGACUGGAGACAUCCAUGAAAUUUCUAGACGUAAAUGCGAAGCAAAUCGAUAGACUGUACAACGGGGGAAGUUUCGGUGGUCGAGCGAUCGGUUCUGCUGUCACCGGAAUGGCCAAGAGGAUCGUCAACAAAGAACAGAAUCAAGAGUUUGUAAAAUUAGUCACGAAGCUGGCUGCCGGGAAUUAUCUGAACGAUGGAGAGAUAGCAGCCGCAAAAGAACUGGCUGAUGAGAAUAUAGUUUGGACUAGCAAAAAUUACGGUGCCAUUGAAAGUUGGUUGGAGGACAACAUGAAUUCUGGUACAGCUCAAAUUAGAUCAGCUCCCGUCGCAAUAACUCUAUGUUGUACUUUGGUAGCAUUUAUUUACAACAAUAUCUUGUAAAUCAUUGUUCAUAAUGAACUCGAAAGUUUAAUUCAUAGGAAUCGAAUAAACUAGGUAUCAAUAAUAAAGGUUAAUACAACAAAGUUAUUAUUUGAAGUAUGAAUUCCGUAAAUUUGGGUUUAUUCAGUUCAGUAAACGA